CAGGGGGGGUCCGUGUGAGUCUCAGUCCGGCGGUGACCCGCUGAGAUAGGACCAAAAAAAAAAAAGGCGUAGCCUACGAAGGGGUUCUCGUGUGUGUUCCGUAGCCUUGAUAGUGGCUACAUUGUGGGAUACUCCGGAUACCCCCUUGAUCUACUGCUACCUCCAUCACUACCAACUCUAUUUCAACCACCAACAAUAGCAAACACCACUUACACCACCAAGAGGAGUACUGACACCACAACCCUCAAGAUCACCACCAUCGUCUCUAUCUGCAGCAUCUCUUCGCCACUAAAAUGAAGGUGCCAAUAGAUACCGCCUCCAUCAAUGUUGGAAUUCUGGGUCUGGCCUAUAUGUUCGUCUUUACCUCCUUCCAGACGCAGGGUAACAUGCAGCAAGUGGUGAUCAAGAGUAUCAAAAUAGAAAACCCAAACUUCGAAGGCUCUGGUUACACAUCACUGGCAAUUAUUUACGCAGUUUUCGCCAUUUUCAACUGGCUGUCUCCAUCAUGUCUCAGUUACCUUGGUCCCAAAGUCACCAUGAUCAUUGGGGGCAUUACUUAUGCAAUAUUCAUCGCUGGAUUCUUGUGGCCUCAAACAGUUAUUCUCUAUUUAACAUCUGUUUUGGUGGGUGCUGGAGCUGCAUUGAUCUGGACUGGUCAGGGAAAUUAUCUCACUCUCAUGUCCACUCAGAAGACAAUGUCUCGCAACUCUGGAAUCUUCUGGGCUAUGCUUCAAAGCAGCAUGUUAUUUGGCAACCUCUUUGUAUUCUACCAAUUCAUGGGCAAAGAUGUUAUUGACCAUCAUACACGGACUAUUGUGUUUUCGGCUCUGACAGUUGUUGGUAUCAUCGGUAUUGGCAUUAUGUGUUUGUUACCAAAACCUGGCGCAGAUGGCAGUGGUCGUGCUGAUGAAAGUCUAGGCAGUCCCUUUGAGGCUUUGAAAAAGUCUUUCAAUCCUUCAAAACAAAGGACAUGAUUCUUUUUUUCUGCAACAUUUUUCAAAUACACAGGAAUUGAACUGUCAUUCUUCAGUGGAGUUUAUAGUGCUUGUUUGAGUUCAACCCUUAGAUUUCCUGAUCCAAAACGCCUUGUAGGACUUUCAGGAAUGUUUAUUGGUGCUGGAGAGAUAUUAGGAGGAGGAGUAUUUGGCAUCUUUGGUUCUAAAACUGUUAAAUAUGGUCGAGAUCCCAUUGUGCUUUUGGGAUAUCUGAUACAUAUGGUCUGCUUCUUCCUCAUAUUCAUGAAUUUGCCAACAGAAUCUCCUUUGACGAAUACAAAAAGCCCCUCAUUUUUGCCACUUGGUCAGCCAAGUGAAGUGAUUGCCAUGAUGUGCAGUUUCUUGUUGGGCUUUGGAGAUGCUUGUUUCAACACUCAGAUUUACUCCAUACUUGGAACUGUUUAUGAAGAUAAUUCUGGACCUGCUUUUGCACUUUUCAAGUUCACUCAAUCCCUCUCAGCUGCUGCCUGUUUCUUUUACUCAAGUGUAUUUGAACUAUACUGGCAUCUUGCAGUCUUAGUGGUUUUUGCUACCAUAGGUACAUUGACAUUCUGUAGUGUUGAAUGGAGGGCUCAUCGUCGCCUGAAGGCUAAACCAGAUACAACGGCUUUUGACUGAAGGCCACUUAUUGAAUAACCUGUAUAUGUAAACUAGUUUUUAUAAUAAAAAUGUACACAUUAA